AUGGAGGAGAGCGGCCGGAGUCCCCGGGAGGAGGCGGCCGAGCCGCAGGAGUCCGGCGGAGACGCUGAGCCCGGCGGCGGGCGGCGGGGUCUGCUGCUUCCCCCCGGUGACCCCCCGCACCCGCACCCGCACCGCAUCACCAACUUUUUCAUCGACAACAUCCUGCGGCCCGAGUUCGGGCGGAGGAAGGAGGCGGGCGGCCCCGGAGGAGAGCCCCGGCGGCCCGGCGCGGAGAGCCGCCGCAGCCCCGCCGCGGCGCCGGCCCCCGGGGCUCCGCUGCCCGGCGGCGGGGCGGGCUCGCCGGGCCGAGGGGAGGGUGGCCCAGCCGGGCUACCCCUACACGGCGCCGCCAAGAAGGGGGGAGACCCCGCGGCGCUGGAGGCGGCCUUGAAAGCACGGGGGCUGAGCGGCGGCGACCUGUCGGUGAGCUCGGACUCGGAUAGCUCCCAGGCCAGCUCCAACGCCGGGAACCAGCCCAUGCUUUGGCCCGCCUGGGUUUACUGCACGCGGUACUCGGACCGGCCCUCCUCAGGUCCCCGCUCCCGCAAACCAAAGAAGAAGAACCCCAACAAGGAGGACAAGCGGCCUCGCACCGCCUUCACCGCCGAGCAGCUGCAGAGACUCAAGGCCGAGUUCCAGACGAACCGGUACCUGACGGAGCAGCGUCGGCAAAGCCUGGCCCAAGAGCUGGGGCUGAACGAGUCCCAGAUUAAAAUUUGGUUCCAGAACAAACGAGCCAAGAUCAAGAAAGCAACGGGCAGCAAAAACUCCCUGGCAGUACACCUCAUGGCCCAGGGGCUCUACAACCACUCCACCACGGCAAAAGACGGCAAGUCGGACAGUGAAUAG